AUGCCAGAGAGUGCAGAAGAAGGCAAUCAGCGUACUCACAAUGCGACCAAUUGUGAUGGCGAAGCAGGAAAUGCCACCGAACCAACCAUUCUCCUCUCGAGGCGCGUUUAUGCUCAGAGCGAUCCGUCCACAUUCGUGCCUGGUACAACAAUAACCGCGAAUCGCACAGUCAUUCUCUUAUGUGCGAUCAUCUUCACGGCCUCUGCGGCUGGAGGCUUCCAGGGACUUCCAGCAGCACGUACCUUCGAGGACAUCCUGUGCAGGCAGUAUUAUGAUAGCGGCGAGCCAGCACAGGCGGAUUCCACGCCGGUGGUCUCACUACCGCCUGGCGAGGACGAAUGCAAGAACAGCGUGAUUCAGGCUAAACUCGUGUACCUCUUUGCGGUCAACAAUGCUGCCACUGCCGCCAUAAGCUGCUUGGCUGCUAUGCCGUGGGGCAUUGCUGCUGACAAGCUCGGUCGACGAUUUGUACUCGCAGUUUGUCUUUACAGCAACGCGUUCUCCAUGGCGAUCUUUAUGCUCGUGGCUUGGAUGUCUGAUAUCGUGCCUAUCGAGCUAAUAUGGGCGUCGUCUCUGGCCGGGCUCGUCGGGGGCGGUAAUGCUGUUGUCAUGGCAUCAUUGUCGGGGAUGCUGGUCGACAUUUUGCCGGAAGCCAAGCGUGCUGUUGGUUUCAUGAGGAUCAAUGUGGCCGCCAUGCUGGGCCAUUUGAUCGCGCCCGCGAUGGUGGGAGCGCUGAUGCCAUAUGUCGGCGCGCGGGCAUUGAUGGGGCUCGGCUUGUUCUUGAUGGUGGCUGCCGCUACCGCAACGGGACUGCUGCCAGAAACGCUCAGAGCGGCGGAACGCAAAGACGCAAGCAACAGCGGCUCGGGGAGUGCCAGUGAUGAAGGCAGAUCCCAGGCAACCCUGCCGACCAAAGCCUGGGUCGCACUCAAGGACUCUUUUGCCGUUCUCGAGUCGAGGCCGCUGGUCUUGUUAGUCACGACAACGCUGCUCGCCCUCCCAGCCGGUCUGUGCACCUUGAAUCUACUAUCUCUAUACACUUCAGCGCGGUUCCACCUCCGCCUGGCAGACACGGGAUACAUUCAGACCAUAUUUGGCAUUGCCCAAGCCAUUGUGGCCCUGGUCCUCCUUCCGUGGAUAUCCCAAAUCACAAUGCGUCCUCAACCACGCGACAAUGUCCAGCAUGACGACGGCGCCGGCAAUUCCACGGCCGAAACACAAGAGCACCCUACAAGCGACCACCAACAAGAGGCUUGCGCGUCCUCCCUCCAGAUAUUCACCGAUGAAGUCCGCCGCGACCUCUCCCUGGCUCGCAUGUCGAUCGCCGCGCUCACCUUGGGUGCCGCCAUCCUCGGGCUCGCUCCGUCACUCGCUUACUUCAUCGCCGGUCUCGUCGUCAUGGCGCUCGGCUCCGCGGCGGAGGGGCUGAUUAUGGGCCUCAUGUCUGCGUUCGUGAGUCGCCCGGACCGCCGCGCGCGGCUGUACACGCUCAUCGGCAUCCUCCAGGUUGUCAGCGCGUGCUACUCGGAUCCCAUGCUCGCAGCGUGCUACGCCACGGGGUUGAAGCUGGGCGGCGCCUGGACGGGGCUGCCGUACUUUUGUGUGGCCGUGUUUUGCGCUGCGCAGGGUGUGCUGGUUGCCCUCGUGAGGGUACCCCGCCGCCGCGGGCCCGUCUGA